CACUAGGUCUAUAACCUUGCCUGGCUCACUCUUUCUUCACUUUCAUUUCAACUUUCCCUUCCCUAACAAUUCCCUUCCAGGGAGAGAAGAGAAAAGAUAUCUGAGAAAAAUGAGGUUGCUCCCCCUCCUCCUUUUUCUUCUCCUCCACAUUUCACACUCCUCCGCCGCAAGAGCCAUCUCGGAGCUCCUCGCCCUCAUCGCCGUUAAAUCCUCCAUUACCGACGACCCUCAAUUUCACCUCUCCAACUGGAAUGCAACUACCCCGCUCUGCUCAUUCACAGGAGUCACAUGCGAUCACACCCGUCUUCACGUGACAUCCAUCGACCUGACCAACUUCACCCUGUCCGGAUCUAUUUCUCCCUCCCUUGCCCACCUCCGUUUCCUCCAAAUCAUCUCCGUCGCCGCUAACCAUCUCUCCGGGCCAAUCCCGACGGAGCUCGCCUCCCUCUCCAAUCUCCGUUAUCUCAACCUUUCCAACAAUGUUUUCAACGGUUCCUUUCCUACCCAACUUUCCCAGCUGAAAGCCCUCCAAAUACUUGAUUUAUACAACAAUAACAUGACGGGGGAGUUACCGGUUUCCGUCACGGAGCUUCCCAAUCUGCGACACUUGCAUUUGGGAGGAAACUAUUUCAGCGGUCAGAUCCCGUCAAGUUAUGGCCGUUGGGAGCAUCUCGAAUAUUUAGCUGUAUCGGGUAACGAACUCAGUGGUAAAAUCCCACCUGAAAUCGGUAACUUAAGCAGCUUGCAGCAGUUGUACAUUGGUUACUUCAAUACUUUUGAAGGUGGUUUGCCACCGGAGAUCGGGAACUUGUCGGAACUCGUUCGUUUCGACGCCGCUAAUUGCAUGUUAUCCGGCGAAAUACCACCGGAGAUUGGAAAGUUACAAAAGCUCGAUACGUUGUUUCUCCAGGUCAAUACACUGUCUGGCUCCUUAACUCCCGAGCUGGGAACCUUAAAAAGCUUGAAAUCCAUGGAUUUAUCCAACAAUAUGUUUACCGGUGAGAUUCCUGAGAGUUUCGCUGAGCUUAAAAACUUGACUCUGCUCAACCUCUUCAGAAACAAGCUUCACGGACAGGUUCCUGAGUUUAUUGGCUUGUUGCCCGAGUUGGAGGUAUUACAGUUAUGGGAAAAUAACUUCACGGGGAGCAUUCCCCAGAAGUUGGGUAGUAACAAAAAGCUUCAGGUCCUAGAUCUUUCCUCGAAUAAGUUAACGGGGACUUUGCCGCCAGAUAUGUGUUCCGGCAACACAUUGCAAACGUUGAUUACUUUGGGAAAUUUCUUGUUUGGCCCAAUUCCAGAAUCGUUGGGGAAAUGUAAGUCCCUCAGUCGGAUUCGUAUGGGUGAAAAUUAUCUCAACGGAUCCAUUCCCAAAGGCCUUCUCGGUUUGCCGCAGCUUACACAAGUUGAACUGCAGGAUAACUAUUUAACUGGGGAGUUCCCGGUUACUGAUUCUUCCGUUUCUGCGAAUCUUGGGCAAAUUAGUUUAUCGAACAAUCUGCUUUCCGGGGCUUUACCAGCAAGUGUCGGUAACUUUUCAGGAGUUCAGAAGCUUCUCCUUGAUGGGAACAAGUUUUCGGGCCAAAUCCCAGCUGAGAUUGGGAAGUUGCAACAACUUUCAAAGAUUGAUUUUAGUCGUAACAAGUUUUCAGGGUCGAUGCCCCCUGGGAUUUGCAAAUGCAAGCUGCUAACUUUUGUUGAUCUUAGUCGAAAUGAGCUUUCGGGUGAAAUUCCCACUGAGAUCACAGGUAUGAGGAUAUUAAACUACCUGAAUCUGUCGAGAAAUCAUCUCAUGGGUAAUAUUCCUUCAUCAAUAUCCACUAUGCAAAGUUUAACAUCAGUUGAUUUCUCAUAUAACAAUCUUUCUGGCUUGGUUCCGGGCAGUGGUCAGUUUAGUUACUUCAACUACACCUCAUUUUUGGGGAACCCUGAACUUUGUGGUCCUUAUUUGGGGUCUUGUAAAGAUGGGGUUGCUAAUGGAAUCCAUGAAACUCAUGUUAAAGGAGGACUCUCUGCUUCUUUAAAGCUUUUGCUCGUUAUAGGCUUGCUUGUUUUCUCCAUCUUGUUUGUAGUCGCAGCCAUAAUCAAAGCAAGAUCGUUGAAAAAAGCAAGCGAUUUCCGGGCUUGGAAGUUAACUGCUUUCCAGCGCUUGGAUUUCACUUGUGAUGAUGUCUUGGAUUGUUUGAAGGAGGAUAACAUAAUUGGAAAAGGAGGUGCUGGGAUUGUGUACAAGGGAUCUAUGCCUAGUGGUGAUCAGGUCGCGGUUAAAAGGUUACCGGCAAUGAGCCGGGGUUCUUCUCAUGAUCAUGGAUUCAACGCUGAGAUACAGACACUGGGCAGGAUUAGGCACAGGCACAUCGUGAGACUCAUGGGUUUUUGCUCAAAUCAUGAAACAAAUCUUUUGGUCUACGAGUAUAUGCCUAAUGGGAGUUUAGGAGAGGUUCUUCAUGGCAAGAAAGGGGGUCAUUUACACUGGGAUACGAGAUAUAAGAUCGCUGUUGAGGCUGCCAAGGGACUAUGCUAUCUUCAUCAUGAUUGUUCCCCUUUAAUUAUCCACCGAGACGUGAAAUCAAACAAUAUCCUCCUCGAUUCAGAUUUUGAAGCCCAUGUCGCUGAUUUUGGCCUUGCCAAAUUUCUGCAAGAUUCCGGCACAUCUGAAUGCAUGUCCGCCAUAGCUGGUUCGUACGGAUACAUUGCUCCAGAAUAUGCCUACACGCUGAAGGUGGACGAGAAGAGUGAUGUUUAUAGUUUUGGUGUAGUCCUCUUAGAACUUGUUUGCGGUAGAAAACCGGUGGGUGAAUUUGGUGAUGGGGUGGACAUUGUUCAAUGGGUUCGAAAAAUGACGGAUUCAAAGAAGGAAGGGGUUCUCAAAAUCCUUGAUCCAAGACUCUCAUCAGUUCCUCUCCACGAAGUGAUGCACGUAUUCUAUGUUGCGAUGCUCUGCGUCGAAGAACAGGCCAUAGAGAGACCAACAAUGAGGGAAGUGGUUCAAAUUCUAAUGGAACUCCUGAAAUCACCCGCCACAAAGCAGCAGGGAGAUACCGUGGUCACUGAGUCCUCACCAUCACCCGGUACCUGUUUAGAUUCUCCUAGUGCAACGAUUGCAACAAUUACAAGGGAUCCAAAAGACCAACAACAGCCUCCAGCACCUAAAUCACCACCACCAGAUCUUCUUAGCAAUUAAGAUGUUUAAUGUUUCGAGUGAGUUGGUUUAUGUUCUAAAUUCCAUGAAAUGUGGUAGUUUACUAUUUUGUGUUUUCUUUACGAGGGGUAUGCUCGAACUUUAACGUGUUCAAGCGUUCCUUCUUUUUUUUUUGGAUCUUUCUUGUACAGUAGGAUUGGUGGGUUGGGGGGGUAAUUUGUUAUAAAAGCUCUUUUGUCUUCGUCAUGCUGUAGUACUGGCUGCGAAUGAAAUGCCUCUGCUUUUUCCUUUUGUUUUUUAAACAGCUGUUUUUAACUGUUAAA